GCCCCGCCCCGCGCCGCUCACACCGCGGGCGGCCAGGGGGCAGGCGCGCCGGCUGCAUCCCCAUCCUCGGCGUCGCCCGGCACGGCGCGCGGGCGAGCGGCGCGGGCGGCCGGAGCGCGGCAGGCGGAGCGCCAGGCCGGCCAUGGCCACCACCAGCACCACGGGCUCCACCCUGCUGCAGCCCCUCAGCAACGCCGUGCAGCUGCCCAUCGACCAGGUCAACUUUGUAGUGUGCCAACUCUUUGCCUUGCUAGCAGCUGUUUGGUUUCGAACUUAUCUACGUUCCAGCAAAACUAGCUCUUUUAUAAGACAUGUCGUUGCUACCCUUUUGGGCCUUUAUCUUGCACUUUUUUGCUUUGGAUGGUAUGCCUUACAUUUUCUUGUACAGAGUGGAAUUUCCUACUGUAUCAUGAUCAUAAUAGGAGUGGAGAACAUGCACAAAUAUUGUUUUGUGUUUGCUUUGGGAUACCUCACAGUGUGCCAAAUUACUAGAGUCUAUAUCUUUGAUUAUGGACAAUACUCUGCUGAUUUUUCAGGCCCAAUGAUGAUAAUUACCCAGAAGAUCACUAGUUUGGCUUAUGAAAUUCAUGAUGGGAUGUUUCGGAAGGAUGAAGAGCUGACAUCCUCACAGAGAGGUCUAGCUGUAAGGCGCAUGCCCAGCCUCCUGGAGUACCUGAGCUACAACUGCAACUUCAUGGGCAUCCUGGCCGGCCCGCUGUGCUCCUACAGGGACUACAUCACCUUCAUCGAGGGCCGGGCGCACCCGCGCGCCCCGCCGGGCGCCGCUGGGAAGGAGGACCUGCCGGGCGACAGAGCCGAGCCGUCUCCCAACGUCGCGGUCAUUCAGAAGCUCUUGGUCUGUGGACUCUCCUUGGUCCUCCACUUGACCAUCUCUAAAACGUUACCCGUGGAGUAUAACAUCGACGAGCGUUUUCAAGCUACAGCUUCGUGGCCCACAAAAGUCGUCUAUCUCUAUAUCUCUCUUCUGGCUGCCAGACCCAAAUACUAUUUUGCAUGGACGUUAGCUGAUGCUAUUAAUAAUGCUGCGGGCUUUGGUUUCAGAGGAUAUGAUGAAAAUGGAACAGCUCGCUGGGACUUGAUUUCCAAUUUGAGAAUUCAACAAAUAGAGAUGUCAACAAGUUUCAAGAUGUUUCUUGAUAAUUGGAAUAUUCAGACAGCUCUUUGGCUCAAAAGGGUUUGUUACGAACGAGCCUCCUUGAGUCCGACUAUCCAGACGUUCAUUCUGUCUGCUAUUUGGCAUGGGGUGUAUCCAGGGUAUUACCUGACGUUCCUCACGGGAGUGCUGAUGACCCUGGCGGCGCGAGCUAUGAGAAACAACUUCAGACAUUAUUUCCUCGAGCCUCCGCAGCUGAAACUACUGUAUGACGUUCUCACGUGGGUAGUGACUCAGGUGGCGAUAAGCUACACAGUCGUGCCAUUCGUCCUUCUUUCUGUAAAACCUUCGUUCAUGUUCUACAGCUCCUGGUAUUACUGCCUCCACGUUGCUGGUAUCUUAGUAUUAUUGCUGUUGCCAGUGAAAAAGACUCAGAGAGGAAAGACCACACAUGGAAAUGUGCCGCUGGCGCCAUCCGAAAAGUGUGACGACAGAGGAAAUUCUUUGGAACAGAAUAGUUUUUCCACAACAAACAAUGUUUGCAAUCAGAAUCAAGAAAUAGCCUCUAGACAUUCAUCAUUAAAGCAAUGAAGGGGAAACACUCUGAUGGCUAUUUUGUCUCUGUUAACAGAAACCAACCUUAGCACCUUCUCAAGGGGUUUGUGUUUGUUUGCAAAGGGAUAACGUGGGGGGCGAAUGGGACGGAGCUAGAUGGGGAAUUUCCCAUUGGCCGGAGUGGGAGUGGCGUGAACAACCCCUCCCAUGCCAUGUCCCUGUGGGCCACGCCUUAUCUAAAAAUAGUUCCAUUAUUCCAGUGGGCACUCAGGACCUCAGCAGGUGUCCGUAGGGUCAUACGUGUGCCCUGUUGCUGAAUGUAUGUUGCGUAUCCCAAGGCACUGAAGAGGUGGAAAACAAACGUGUCGAUCUGGGUGAUUGAGAGAAGUUACCUUUUCCAAAUGAAUGUCUUGCCUUAAACCCUCUAUUUCUUAAAAUAUUGUUCCUAAAUGGUAUUUUCAAGUGUAAUAUUGUGAGAACACUAUUUCAAUAUUUGAUGUCAUGUUCUGUAAAGGAAUUCUGGAGGCAUUUGGAACAGGAUAUUUAAGAUUGUGGACACUUUAAAAAUGCAAUAAACAUCUCAGUAUUUGAAGGGUUUUCUUAAAGUAUCUCAAAUGACUACAGUACGUAGCAAAACCGUCAACAGUGACGGAGCCAAAUUAUGGGCAGCUUACUGUCCUGGAGAGUUUAAUUACUUUGUGUCAGUCCAAGCCCAUCAAGGGAGAAUUUCUUCAACAUAAUUAAAGGUUGGUAAUGCAAUAUUUUAAGCUUAUUUUCUUUAAAAAAAAAAAAAAAAGAAAGAAAGAAAGAAAGAAAAGAAAACUGAGCAAGAGAAGAUGACGGAGGAAGGAAGGAAGGCAUGAGUGAAGGAAGCCCCGAGUGAAGGAAGCCCCCCGGCGACCGGGGCGGGAGGUGGCGACAGGGCUGGGACAGGGCACAGGUGCUCCGCAGAAGGGCUCUCCCCCUUUCUUUCUCUGAGUUCUUUGUGAGUCUGUGAAGACAUAAACGUGUAAAUGACUUUUUAAUCUGUUGGACUUUAAGUGAAACUUAGCACACGUAAAUUAUAUAGAAUUAUGGAGGGAUUGUGAAAAUAGCCUUGGUAGAUUGCAUGAGGGUCGUGAAGGAAAAAUCACGGAAUAAGGGGACUAUCUGUCUCACCACUUCCUUGUCCUUGACAGCAUAACUCGGAAUCGGGUAAGUCUUAGGGAAAUGAAAGCUUACAGUCAUUGGGUCUGAGCCUCAUUUUUAGAGACUAAAAGAAAUUAAUUUCCAAACUCUUAUUAAAUUCUCACAUUAAAAUUUUGCUGUUAACUCUCUUUAAUGAGUUUUAGAUUCUCAAAGUAGAAAAAUGUGCUUUUAUCCUCUAGGCCAUUUUCUCCACAAUUAACCUCCCCUCCGGUUACUAGAUGUCUCCUUUAAUCCCGCAGUCUUGGGGUGUGAGGCCGCCUGGCAUGAGGGCUUCGGCCGAACAUGGUAAAUCCCGGGGUCACGGGCUGGGAGAGAGGAGGUGGGCAGGGUCUUCUUACCCCGCCUUCAUUUGACCAGUCUUUUAUUGGACUUCACCUUUAUUUGGCCAGUUUAUUUUCUUUUUGCCUUAAAUUUUUAAUGAAAUGUAAAUUGUCUGUUUCUGGUGAGUCUGGUGAGUCUUUUUUUUUUUUUUUUUAACUUUGUCAUAAAUAAGGUUGCAUAUGAAGUUAUGGCAGAACAACUCUCUGGCUUAAGCCGUGUAGUUUUUCUUUCAAAGGAGAAAGAAACAGCAAAUGUACUUGGGACUUUCGAGAUCUUAAUCAGCAAAAAUAUUGGUGUAUCUUUGUAGAACGUUAGAAAUAUCCUAGUCUUUGAUUACAUAAAAUGUUUUUUUUUUCUAAAGGAAAAUUUUUUCCACCUGCUGAGGUUAGCCAUGCCCCAUUACUUCCCAGAAAAGGAUGGAGAGCUAAAUAGAUUUUCUCUGUUUUUCCCAUGCAUUGAAAUUAGGCUGGCUGUGUAAUGUGAGAGGUCAGAAAAGAAUAAUCGUGGAAAGUAUCUGCCCCCAAAAGGUCUCUCAGUUUAAUUAAUGCUGCAGAGAAUCUGAUCACUAUUUAAAAAAAAAAAA